AAUGUCCUCUUAGCGGAAGACACUUCUUUUCCCGUUUUCUGCCCCUGUCCCCUGCUUGGCUCCACGUUUUAGGGCUGGUGGUCGUUUAAGCAAGCAGCUUCCCUGUGUUGUGAGAGGCCUGGGCGGACUUUGGCCACUGUGUUUGCAGACCUGUCCCUGGGCCGCCGUCAGAAUGGCGGGCUGCGUCCGGCUGUUCCUGCUCCUCCUGGGCCUCCACGGCGCCGAGCCCUCAGGUGGGUGUCGCCCUCCUAACUGUGUCCUCGAGGACCGUGUGGGUUUGGUCCGGGGGCUUUUUCUAGGACAGAGGAGCCCCUGGGUGGCCAGCGGGUCUUCACUCAGCUCCCAAAAGAGCUUCCUGAUCUCUUUAUAAUUCAUGACAAAUAUGUUGGAAAUGAUGGGAUCCCUUCGGGUCCUCCCAGAAGAGAUGGCCCGAAAGAAUCGAGAGGUUGGACCUGGUCUGAUGGGGACAGGAGAGGAGGCAGCCAGGCCUCAGGUAGUGGCAGCGCCAUGUACUCUGACUCCCAGGAGCGGGCAUGGCAAUCCCUGGGGAAGUCCAUCACUGCUGAGGCAUCUCUAUUCUUAUCUUGCUCCGUAGUAUUUCUUUCUGCCUCCAAAGCAAGUGACGUUCUGGUAAGAUGGAAGCGUGCUGGCUCCUAUCUUUUGGAAGAGAUCUUUGAGGGAAAUUUGGAAAAAGAAUGUUAUGAAGAAAUUUGUGUCCGUGAAGAAGCAAGAGAAGUAUUUGAAGUUGAUGAGACCACUGAUGAAUUUUGGCAACGUUAUAUGGGUGGCUCCCCAUGCGUCUCCCAGCCCUGCCUCAACAACGGGUCCUGCCAGGACAACAUCCGCAGCUACACCUGCACUUGCUCCUCGGGCUACGAGGGCAAGGACUGCGCCUUCGCUAAAAAUGAAUGUCACCCUUUGAGGACUGAUGGGUGUCAACACUUUUGCCACCCGGGACAGGACUCCUACAUUUGCAGCUGUGCACAGGGGUAUAAACUGGGCCAAGACUACAAAUCGUGCAUCCCACAUGACAAGUGUGCGUGUGGAAUCCUGAAUUCUGAGUGCAUCAGGGCAACACAGAGGAGCAGGCGGAAUCUUCAGAUUUUCCCAUGGCAGGUAAAACUAAUAGAUUCCGAAGGAAAAGACUUCUGUGGUGGUGUUAUAAUAGAGGAAAAUUUUGUGCUGACAACAGCAAAAUGUUCACUGUUACACAGAAAUAUCAGUGUGAAAACCAAUUUUCCUAGAACGAGCAAGGACCCACUGACGAUCGAGGUGAAGCGCAUCCAUGUGCACAUGAUGUACGAGGAGGAGACGGGGGACAAUGACAUUUCGCUCUUGGAGCUGGAGCUGCCCAUCCAGUGCCCAGACACGGGGCUCCCCGUCUGUAUGCCCGAGCAGGACUUUGCGGAGCGCAUCCUCAUCCCAGGGACACAGGGCCUCCUCAUUGGCUGGACAUCCAACGGCUCUGAGCUGGGCAAUGUGUCGAUGCAGCUGCCCGUCAUGCACAUGGACAGCGAGGAGUGUGGCAGAGCCCUGAAUGUGACAGUCACGACGAGGACGUACUGCGAGAGGGGAGUGGCAGCUGGAGGGGUGCAGUGGGCGGAAGGGAGCAUGGUCGCCAGAAAACACAAAGGUACCUGGUUCCUGACAGGGAUUCUGUGCUCGGUGCCCACAGCAGAGUAUGGACAGGAGUUUCUUCUCACCAAGGUUUCAAGAUACUCACUCUGGUUUAGACAAAUCAUGAAGUGACUAAACCCAGCUAAGCCUCAAGAAUAAAAGAUGUGGUGGGAUUACACACCUUAACUGCAAGCAUGGAGUUAAAUUAAAAUAUCACAGCAAAACAGCUGUGACUGCCUCAGGACAACCAACUCUGUCUACAAACCAUUAGUAACUGCUUAUGACAGCGACUUUCAACCAGUAUGCUGCAACAAUUUUUAAAACAUGCAACACCUGACUAUUUUGGUCAGGGGCAAGGACCUCUUUUCCCUUAGACCAGUGG